UUCAUAGUUAACCGUUACGGAGGUUAGGCGGCUCAGUGAAACGGAAAGCGACUGAAAUAGUCCUAGUACGCUUAGUGCAACUACUGUCGAAAGGAUUUUUAUUUUUGUUAUAAAUAUUUACUCUCAAAUUUGUAUCCACUGACAUGGUUUUUAGUAAAUAAAAUUGUGCAUUCGCCCGAUGUAUGUUCAUUUGUGGGUUGUAAAUAGUUGUACAUGAAAGACGUUAAACUGUAGUGUCGAUUAUUGAUAUCAAAAUGCCAAAAUGUCAUAAGAAAUACGAGUUUCAGUUCGAUUGUUGUUUAUGAAAGGAAGAAAGAAUUGAACGGUUUUUUUUUCAUUUUCGUAUGGGUAAAAGUUAGGAUAUUACUUCCAUAUUCACCUACCUACAGUGUGCACAAACACAUAUUGUACGUGGAAUUAAUGAAACAAAAAUAAUUUUGUGUUCCAUUAAGUUGUUUUUUCCUUAUUUAAUUUGUUGAUUGUUCAUGUCCUGAUCGACCCUCUACACAAAACACAACACUCAAUAACGAAUGUAUAACAUUGUAAUUAUUAAAGAAGAUAUAUGGAUCAUUAAUGUCACCCCGGUGUUACCCUUGUGUGUCAGCAUUACAACAAAACAUGCAUUUGCUAAGUGGGGAGAAUAUAAAAUAGAAAAUCAAUUUAAUUGAAGUUAUGAAGAAAAUUAUGAAUGCAAACACAGAAAAUAGUGGAAAACCAAUUGUUGAUAAUAAUAAUUCCAGUGCACACAGUCAAAGUACCGGUAAUAAAAGUAGUAGUACCAAAAAAUCAUUGACACCGGUCAAUAAUAACUCAUUGCAUGUGAUAUUGCCGCAAUAUACUGUGAUCGAUCAGCAAAAUAUUUAUGAUCAAAAUGGGAAGAGGACAGUGCAAAGUAGUCCGUCCAAGUCGCAGCGGAAAUUUAGCCAAGAUUCCGGAUUUUCAGCCAAUAAAUACAGAAACGUUCGUCACAGCGACCCGCAUCUACGACACAACUCUGACCACGUACGUGUAAAUAGUAAUCCUGAUGUAAAGAUCGUACCAAUGGGAUCAUCAUUGAAUGAGGAAGACGACAUUAUUGAGAGUCCCCUUUUAUCACAAAAUCAAAUGGAUAUAUGGAUGGAAACGCAAAAUGGUGUAGUCAAUGAAACAUUCUACGAUAAAAGUCUUGAUUGUAGCGAAGCGUUUGGCCCGAAGAUAACUGAAAAUAUACCCGGAACUCCGAUGGAACCAGACGAUUCGCAGUUAAGUGAAAAAAGGAAUUCAGACAAUUUAUCAAAUCAGUCAACCACUAUAGUCAAUGAAAUAUCGGAAAGACGACUGUCCAUCGACAGAAUGAAGCCAACAACACCUGUAAAAGAUUCAUCUGUAACACAAAACAAUAGCAAUAGCACCAAUCAUUGUACAAACAAUAUGUUAAGUAACUAUGCUGAAAAAUUUAGCAGCCAAAGGACUAGUACCAGCGAUUUGGAUGUGGAUAUUCGAAGAACUAGCAAGCAAGAUAAAGAGGGUGUCGAUCCGGAAUCGUUAAUGUUUCGAGAUGGACGCCGAAAAAUCGACAUGGUAUUGAGUUAUGAAGAGGAAAACGAAGGUGUCAUGACCGAGCAGGAGUCAAAGAAGAGAGAAGUUCGCAAAAUUUUCUUAGAUAAUUUGGUCAAGGAAGGUCUGGAACUGGAACUGGAAGAUAAAUCACAGACGUACGACGAAAAGACAUUUUUUGUGAAAGUGCAUAUGCCAUGGAAAACCGAGACGCGUUACUCGGAAGUGUUGAAUUUGAAGCUGCCGGUGAAGCGUUUCAUCACAAUAAGUGUUAAGGCAUGGGACGAUGAAAAGGACAAUGUUCUUAAAUUAAGUUACUGGCGUCGAUGGUUACAUAAGUUUCAACGUUUAAUCGAUUAUGACACAGGACUAAUCGAUUACGAGCACUCAUUUUACGCGUCUACUGCUGAUGGGAACCCAGAAGAACAGUUUGUAGUUAAAGAUCGUUGUACAUCGUACACAAGCGCCCAGAGAAGUUUAAUCGUUUGGCAAAUUUUGCUUAGAACAAAAUUUGAUGACACAGAAAGGAGCGGCAUCCGUCGGCUACUGAAUGAUAAUGCGUUUACUGCAUGCUUUCCGUUGCAUGAAGGUAGAUACGAUGUUCCCCAUUCUUCCGGUACCGUCUUCGAUCGAAGAAAGCUAUACCUGGAAUGGGCUAGACCGAGUAAAUGGUACAAAAGGCAGCCACUUUGCCUGAUUCGAAAAUAUUUCGGCGAUAAAAUAGCCUUGUACUUCUGCUGGCUGGGGUUUUACACGAACAUGUUAAUUUAUCCUUCGGUAGUUGGAUUUCUUUGUUUCAUGUACGGUGUAUUGUCAAUGAAUUCGUCGGAUAAUCAGCCAAGCAAAGAGAUCUGUGACACAUAUAAAACCGGUGCGAUAGUAUUAUGUCCUCUAUGCGACAAAGCUUGCAGCUAUCAGCAACUAAACGAAUCAUGCCUCUUCUCUAGAAUCACAUACUUAUUCGACAAUCCAUCAACAGUAUUUUUUGCAAUUUUUAUGUCAUUUUGGGCCACAACGUUCCUGGAACUGUGGAAACGUAAACAAUCUGUGAUUAAAUGGGAAUGGGAUCUACAAAACAUUGAAAGUGACGAGGAGAAUAGGCCAGAAUUCGAAACGUCUGUGAAAACAUUUCGAACGAAUCCUGUGACUCGUGAAAGGGAACCGUAUAUGCCAACUUGGACGAAAGCUGUACGAUACGUGGGAACUGGCAGUGCAGUUCUUUUUAUGAUCUGCAUCGUUCUGGGCGCAGUAUUGGGAACGAUUAUCUAUCGAAUAUCGGUGGUGUCUGUAAUCUAUGGAGGUGGAAAUUCCUUUGUUAGAACGCAUGCGAAAUUGUUCACCACAAUGACUGCCGCCACAAUAAAUUUGAUUAUAAUUAUGAUAUUGACUAGGAUAUACCACAGAAUUGCCAUUCGUCUAACAAAUUACGAGAAUCCCAGAACUCAUACGGAGUACGAGGAUUCGUACACGUUCAAAAUUUUCUUUUUCGAAUUCAUGAACUUUUACAGUUCGCUCAUUUACAUUGCCUUCUUCAAGGGUCGAUUUUACGACUAUCCCGGCGAUGUUGUGGCGAGGAAAAGUGAUUUUUACAGAUUGAAGGGCGACAUAUGCGACCCAGCUGGAUGUUUGAGUGAACUUUGUAUUCAAUUAGCAAUUAUUAUGAUUGGUAAGCAAGUGUGGAAUAAUUUCAUGGAGUACCUGUUUCCUGUCUUCUACAACUGGUGGCGACAAAGGAAGCACAAAAAGGAAACUAAAGACGAGACGCAUCUGCACAUGUCAUGGGAACAGGAUUACCAUCUCCAAGAUCCUGGUCGGCUGGCACUCUUUGAUGAAUAUUUAGAAAUGGUUUUGCAGUACGGUUUCGUCACCUUGUUCGUUGCUGCAUUCCCGUUAGCCCCACUUUUUGCACUGCUGAACAAUAUUGCCGAAAUCCGUUUGGAUGCAUUCAAAAUGGUGACACAGGCUAGACGACCGUUAGCUGAAAGGGUCGAAGACAUUGGAGCAUGGUUCGGCAUUCUGCGUAUCAUUACUUAUAUUGCUGUUGUGUCGAAUGCAUUCGUCAUUGCGUACACUAGCGAUUAUAUACCGAGAAUGGUGUACAAGUAUGUGUAUUCGCCCGAUCAUACGUUGAUCGGCUACAUUGACCAUUCAUUAUCGGAGUUCAAUACGUCUGACUACAAGUCCGAAUGGGGGGCUAGCGUCAGCGAGAAGGAUCCGGAAAAAUGUCAAUAUCGGGGAUAUAGAAAUGGUCCGACAGAUGCGGAUCCUUACGGUCUCAGUCCACACUACUGGCAUGUGUUUGCUGCAAGACUGGCAUUUGUGGUAGUUUUUGAACACGUUGUAUUCGUCUUAACUGGCAUCAUGCAAUUUAUCAUACCGGACAUACCAGUCGAAUUGAAAACGCAAAUUCAACGAGAACAACUGUUGGCCAAGGAAGCCAAAUACCAGCACGGUCUGAAAAAGUCGCAGGAGAACGAAUACAAUGAGUUGUUGCAACUAUUGCGCGAGCAGAACAAUACUAGUCGCGGUGGCCAGGCAGCUAUUAGAGGUGUUCAAGGUAGUUGGGCCAGGCGUUUGAGUCGUAUCAGCGAUGGGCUCGAUGCACACGUAGAAAUUGCCACCAAGCCAAAACGAUCGAUAGAAUCAACUGUGUGGGAGGUGACAUAGAACGUGAUUCGAUUUUCAAUUUGCAAAUUCUAUUUUAAGUUGGAAAUAAAACAGGCAAAAAACUUUGAUUUUCACCGAUGA